AUGGCGAGGAUCAAGAUGGUCGCAUCCACGAGCGGCUUUGUGGUGCUGCUAGCAGUUCUGCUGACCUACCUACAGGGUGCAUCCAGCAGCGUCACCCCCCUCAAGGCAAGCAACGACGACGCCUCGGUGGCAUUCGGUGUCAAACGCGAUCCUGCAUCGGCCUUCUACGCUGAAGACAUCUACGCCCGCAACAACAACAACGCCAGCGCAGCCGACAGCUAUCCCGACCUGCUCGAAGCUACCAUCUCUCAGCUGCAAGCCGGUCUGACCCGUGGCGAUUUCACCAGUGUCGACCUGGUCAAAGCCUACCUUGCACGCAUCGAGGAGGUCAACAUCCACGGUCCGGGACUACGAGCGAUCAUCGAGACGAGCCCUGUUGCGCUGGACAAGGCUGCCUUCUUCGAUGCGGAACGAGCCGCUGGCAAGACGCGUGGUCCUCUGCACGGGAUUCCCAUCGUCAUCAAGGACAACGUUGCGACGGAUGUCAGUUUGGGGAUGAACACUACGGCGGGAAGCUACACGCUGUUGAACUCGAUCGUGCCGGGUGAUUCUCCUUCGAUCAGUACGUUGAGGAAGGCGGGGGCGGUGAUUUUGGGCAAGGCGAACAUGUCGGUUUGGGCUCAAGCUCGAGGACUGCAGAACCAGACGCAGGGGUACAGUCCUCGAGGUGGGUUUGGUACGUCGGCGUACUGGCCGGCGGGGAACCCUUGUUCGAGUUCCUCCGGUUCGGCGGUUGCUGUGGCUGCCGGGCUGGCGGCGGCGUCGGUGGGAUCGCAGACGUCCGGUUCGAUCAUCUGCCCUGCGAGCUACAACAACAUUGUCGGUAUCAAACCGACCGUCGGGUUGAUCAGCCGCAACGGUGUGAUCCCCAUCAGUUCGACGCAGGAUUCGGCAGGUCCGUUCGGUCGCACCGUCCAGGACGUCGCUGUGCUGCUGACCGCCAUGGCGCAUCACGGUAGGGACGAGGGCGACAAUGCCACCUGGACCCAACCCGCCGAAGUGCAGAAGGGCAUCGACUAUUCCGCAGCUCCGCACUUCCACAACCAACUCGACAAUCCACUUCGAGGACUGCGCUUGGGUUACUCGGGAGAAACGUUCUUCGCCAACCGAUCCAUCCAGAACUUUGACGAAUCGGUUCUCUCGGCCUACCGCAACUCCAUCGAUACCCUCCGCGGACUGGGAGCAGAGAUGGUCGAAGUGACGCUCGACUGCAUCGGUGACGAGACGGAUCCCACGCGCACCGCCUUCUACAACACGAGCAACCCCGGUGGAGACGUGCUCUUCCAGACCGAGAUGCGCUACGGUCUGGAAGCGUACAUCUCCAAACUCACCUCUGUCCCCUCCGCCGUCUUUGAUCUCGGCGGGAUCGUCUACUUCGGCAUCGCCAACCCCACUCUCGAGCUUGCCGGCAACCAGACCGAUCAGGGGUACCUCAUCGCAGCGCUGCACACUCGUCCGAAUUCGACCUUCGAGGCGUACCGCGAGCAAGGGUUGAUGCUCGCGCGUCAACGCGGAAUCGACGGAGCCCUGGCACGCUACGGCGUCUCCGCCAUCGUUUCCCCCAGCGGCGGAGAUUGGCCGCUGUACCCGAUCUCGGACCGAGCGCAGUAUCCGGUCAUCGGAGUCCCCAUGGGUUUCUACGCAAACGACACCCAGGUCGGCGAUACUUUCCCCUACUACCCCUACCCGAGGGCGCCCACGGGCAUCACGUUCACCAGCCAAAAAUGGUCCGAACCACUCCUCCUCCGAAUCGCACAUGCCUACGAACAGGCAACACACGUCCGAUCCCAACGAAAACCCUACGCCGCUGCUAGGGCAAAGAGUCAGAUCAAGGAUAUCGUCCCUCCACCGGCCCAGUGA